UCACAAAGUGUAACCGCGCGCGCUUCACUUGUAUCGCGAGUUGACCUUGUGACGACGCGUCAUACGUUCGCGUGAGCCCGCGUAAAAAAAUAACCAAAACAUUUUUUUGACAUCUCUAUUUAAUUUUAAAAUAAUAGAAUUAAAAAAGUGUUUGCUGCCUUAGUGAGAUUUAUUCGGGAUUAUUUCUUUUGUGAUGUGAUUUGUAAUAUGACUAGUGUUUUAAAAAAAUCAAGAGGUACAAAAGGUAAAUCGGAAUCCAUGCAAGAAGAUUUGCCUUCGAGAUGGGGGAAUGUGUCCCGCGGGCACAGAUCCGAGGACGUUGAAAAGCUGAUCAGAUACAUUGAUGAUAACAUAAUAGGAAAAGGAAAUUCAUUCUGCGGUCCCUUCGGUCGUAGAAAAGUUGUAUACUGCGACUACAAUGGCUCCGGACGAGCGCUGCACUGGAUUGAAGGGUAUAUCGUGCGUGAUGUAUUGCCAACGCACGCGACGCGGUGCACCGCUCUAUCAUACACAUCCGGACAGAGCGAGAUAUAUAGGUCAGAGUCAAAAGCUAUAAUCGGCGCAGCGAUCGGUGCUAGUUCUGAUGACGUCAUCGUGCUCGGGGCGUCUCUACCGCGGCUGCUGCGCGCGUUACGACCGCAGAGGGUUGCACUCUUCGUGUCGUCGAGAGAGACUGAACGUCAGCUCGCACCUUGGAAAGAAUUUAAUGCUGAGAUAAUCAAAAUCUCGGAAUCCAAAGAUGGUUUCAUAGAUUUAAACAACUUGGAAAUGAAACUCCAAGAGAAUACUGGAACUGGGAAAAGAAUGAUAGGUUUCUUUCCUGCCGCUUCUAAAUUAACCGGAGUUUUCGCUGAUGAUGUUGCAACCACAUUACUUCUUCAUCAGUACGGAGCUUGGUCUUUCUGGGAUUACACUCUCGUAGCUCCGACUUCCAAUGUGGAUAUGAAUCCUACUUUCCUUGGUGUUGAGGAAGGUAUGGUAAGGAAGGAUGCGUUAUUCUUCAAUAUUGAGAAGUUUGUUGGUGGUGUACAAGGACCUUAUGUUGCUGUGGUAAAGAAGGAUGUCUUCAAGUCUUCACCGAUGUAUUCUGAUGAUGUUGAGGUGCUAUCCGAGAGGAUCGAAGAGUACAGAUGUGCGGAAGCGGUGCGCGCUGCUUUGGUGUUUCAGCUGCGGGAUGCUGUGGGCCUGCAGAACAUCAUUGAGAGACAGGAUAAUAUCACCAGACAAGUUUUAUCCCAUAUAAGAAACAUACCAGAACUAAUUCUAUUGGGCACAGAAUCACCCACAGUGAAGAGGCUGCCAAUAUUCUCUCUGAUGGUGAAACAUCCACGUGGUACAUUCCUACAUCAUAACUUUGUGUGUGCUGUGUUGAAUGAUGUAUUCGGUAUCCAAGCUAGAGGGGGAUUAACCAGCAAUUUGAACUAUGGCGCUGAUGUACUCGGUAUUGAUGACCAGUUGCUCAAGGAAUAUGAGAAAUUAUUGGAUGUGGAAGCUCAAAAGGAAGUAGCAAGAGUUCGCAAAUUAAGUGACGCCAAAGCUCCUGAUGUGCCAAUCCACAAUGAACAUCUUAGACCAGGAUUCUGCAGAAUAUCCCUACCCUACUUCAUGUCAGAUACAGAACUAGCAUUUGUGCUAGAAGCUCUCAAAAUGGUUGCCACAGAAGGCUGGAAGAUUCUGCCACAGUACGUUGUCAACACAGAAACAGGGCAGUGGAGACAUCACACGUGCUCUGUUCUAAGAGACAGAAAGUCUUUGUAUUCUUUAAGGUACAACGAUGGACAAAUCACAGCCCACGAACGAAGAGUGUCUGGUCCGGGUAUAUUCCCACAAACAUACACCGAAUGUCUUCAAACAGCAAGAAAUCUGUUCAAUAGAGCGAGAAAACUAGCAAUGAAAUGUUCAAGUAUAGAACCUGAAGUCACUUUCAAUCCAAGAAUUGAUUAUUUACGUUGGUUCAUGUUGCCUAAAGAAGCACAUGAUCUACUUCUUGGUCGUUCCGCCAACGUCAAACAUAUUGUACCUUUCGAUCCAUCAGGUUACACAGGAGCUAGGAAGAGUUUGAAUUUUUCCAGAUCUUCUGUCACUUCCUCGCCGAUUUUCGGAGCAUCUUCAAGACAUUUCAGUCUCUCGGCUAUUGACGAUUGUCAAAUAUUCCGAUUGAAACAAAAACAAAAAUUCUACUCCCGAGAAUCAAGUCUGAAAGAGACGACUAAGGAACAAGCCGUCACUGUUGUAAAUCCCGUAAAGUUCGCUUUAGGAGAAUCCGUCUCACCUUUCCGAAUCGUUCCACAAUCUGCUAAGCCUAUGUUGGGUAGGUCUAGAUGCUACAGCUUAGGUUCGGAUAGUCCACCAGUACAAUUAAGCGCGGAGACUAAAAUGAAUUUAGGCUUAAAAGAAACGAGUCCGAGCAGUGAAGUGAAAACAAAUGGAUUCUGUAAUUGCGGCAGUCAAACAGACCUCCAGUCCUUGGAUGACCCGAUGAUCUCACCCGGAAAGGCGUACCCAUACAGUGCUCAAAGCAGCACUUCUAUAUCCGACUGUAGUCAAACAGGCAGGGUAUCUCCCACUACAUCAAUAACGUCCCAUACAUCUGAAGACAUCCAGGCUUAUGUGAAAGAAAUGACAAGAGAACUGGCUACAGAAAUCAAAUCGGAAAUAAGAGGUGUUAUUUCCAAAGUUGACGAUAUACUAGAAAAUUCGGAUUCUCUUGAUCAAUCCAAUGUGAGCCUUAACUCGACAUCUAGUCAGAGCGAAAAGAAUUCAGUGUCAGUGAUUGAUGUGGCGGAAUAUCUCAUGGGUAUGUCAAGAGAAAUGGCAUCAGAGGUUAAACAUGAGAUUCGUGAAAUGGUCAACCAAGUUGACGAGAUGAUUUCUCCUGACUACGGCUCUUGUUCAAGACGUAGUUCUCCACCGCAAACGGGCAGAAGAAGAAUAGGAUCAGGUCCUGAACUUGGCUUGGACUUAAAGAAGUCUACACAAUGUUUGAGGAAGUGUACCACCAGUCCGGUUCUACCUUGUCACGCGGAUGAGGACGAAAAUAAUUUCGGGAAAGGUUCACCGAAUGUCCAAUCUCCAAAAUCCGGGCAAGGCACUCCUUCCCACGAAACGACUGGACCUAAUAAUAUUUCGUUUAACUCCAGUGAAACAUCUACUCCGGACACGAUCAUUCAAGUGGUGACGACAUCUCAUAAUUCUCCGGUUCUUCCUAAAUCGUCUAGUUCUAACAAGCUAUCAGAUGACGAGGUGUGUGCUGAUGCGGCGUGCAGACAUUGCUGCAGCAAGAAGAUCUGCUGCCAGAAUCCCUCCGUCAGCUCACAAGAUAGUGGCAUUAAUAUGACAUUCACUGAAAGCGAUGCUUACUUAGAAUUUGUAAAAUGGCGGACAUCAUCAGAUCCGACAACAAAUAAAUUAAAGAAGUUGCAAGGCAGAUUAAGAAUAUGUAAGCACGAAAAGAGCGAAGUCCCGGACAUUAUAGAGGGUGUUCCGGUGUGUUCCGGGGAUAGCAGAGUUGAGAAGAGUGACUCUGCCUCCGGGAGAGUCGCCUUCCAGAUAUCUGAUGAUGCUGAGACACAGAAUGUAACAACAUCAUCGGAUUGGAAACGAUCGAGCAGAUGUUCGAACGCGUCCUCCAGCUGCUCAGAGCGCAGCUCCAGGUCUAGUGGGUACGGCACCGACCAGCACAGGACCUCGCAUGAUUACGUCUGCUUUGAUAGGAGUGAGUCAGAGUGCGUGCACAAGUCGUGCUGGGAGGAGGAGCGCGAUGACAGCAGCGCGUGCAGCGACGCCUCCCUCACAGACUUCACCACGGAUGAUGAGGGCAAGUGGCACUGCCCUCCUAAACAUGUCUGGAAGGCCACUGUUGAGGCUAUUCACGAGCACAAGAUGGUGCGUGCGGGAGACAAAGUGCUGGUGUGUCUGUCAGGAGGACGCGACUCUGUGGCGCUGCUGCACGCCAUGCACCACUACCAGUACUACGCACGCUCCAAAGGUCAACACUUCAGUAUAGGAGCACUGUUCGUGCACGAGCCGCAGUCAGACGUGGACCCGCUGCACUUGAUGGCCUACUGCAGGACAUUGGGAGUCAAAUUCAUAUAUGAAGAUAAACUGGAUGACGAUGAGUCCAGUAACAGUAAAUCGGAGCUGCACAGAUGGGCGAGUCCUGCAGUACGACGUCGCGUGUACGUAGCUGCGCAGGCGCACGGGUACAGUGUGGCCGCGCUCGCGCAGUCGCUCGACACCGCCGCCGCAGCGUUCCUCGCCUCCGCACUCUACGCUGCCAAACUCACCACCACCAAGGCACAUUACAGGCUCCGAGAUCAAGAUUUACGUGUAAUACGUCCGUUCAUCUACGUGCGCGCGCACUCGCUGGAGGCGUUCGCGUGCGCACGCGCAUUGCCCGACUUCACCGCGCACCCCGCACACCCCGCGCACUCCGCACACCCCGCGCACCCCGCGCACCCCGCACACCCCGCGCACCCCGUGCUCGCAGCGCCCCCCACACAGCAUACAGACAAGGCCAGGUACAUUUUGCAGUACUACAUUUGA